AGUGUGAACUGAAGAGUGUAUUGAAGAUUUGAAGGAAUCAGAUGGAGAAGGGGCCGCCGCCGACGUCGACGAUGAGCGUGAGAGGAGAGAUGGAGAAGCUGAGCGUGGAGCAAUUGAAGGCGGUGAAAGAGCAAACUGAUCUGGAAGUGAAUCUUCUUCAGGAUUCUCUCAACAACAUACGCACCGCCACCACCCGCCUGGAGCUCGCCUCCUCCGCCCUCCACGACCUCUCUCUCCGCCCCUCCGGCAAGAAGAUGCUCGUCCCUCUUACCGCCUCUCUCUACGUCCCCGGAACCCUCCAGGAUCCCGACCAGGUCCUCGUCGACGUCGGCACCGGCUACUUCAUCGAGAAGAACAUGCCUCAGGCCAAGGACUACUGCCACCGCAAGAUCAACCUCCUCAAGUCCAAUUUCGAGCAACUCGUCGAGGUUGCUUCCAAGAAGAAGAGCAUUUCUGAUGAAGCGGGGUUUGUCCUGCAAGCUAAGCUGAAGCAGAUGGCUCCGGCAGCUCAGUAGGAGACGAGGACUUGUAAGAUUUGUGUUCUGGUAUCCAAGUUAAGAUCAUGAUCAAGUACUAAUGACUUAGGAGUAGACUUCUUUUGUUGAUUACUGGAAGAGAAUUUCCAACAUCAUGUUAGAGUUGUGCUUAGACUCUUGCGGUCUUGUUCCUUAGAUACGGGAUUGAUUCUCUUCUGCACUGUAAAAACUGGUAUCGUGGUCGUAUCAUUGCCAAACUACUUACAAUUUACAAUUUUCUUUUUCCAGCUUCAAAUGUUGA